AUGGUCAGAUUUAAAAUUAAAUGUACCAAAAGAAUCAAGAAAACAAGAAAACGAAAAAAUCCUCAAAAAUAUAAAGACGGAGUAACUAAGUCCUUUGAAUUUUCACCUGAAAGUAAAUAUAAUCAAAUAUAUAAAGAAAUCAUUGAUCAUAUACUUUCUGGCUUACAACUAAGAUUUAACUCUGAAAUUCGAUCAUUUUUAUGUAAUGUGGAAACGCUUUUAAUUGAUCCAAAAAUAUCACCCCAAACAAUAUGUACAUUUUACAAGGAUGAUAUAAAUAUUGAUAAGCUAAAAAUUCACAGAGAUAUAUUUCAUGAUAUAAUUAAAGGCCAAGGAUUAAUUGUUUCAUCAUUCGCAGAUAUAUUAAAUAUAUUUAAAAAUAAAUCGUAUUUAGUCAUUCAUUUAACAGAGCUCAGGAAAUGCAUACAAUUUAUAUCAACAGUACCAGUUACUAUAUGUACUACUGAACAAUCCUUUUCUAUGUUGAGGAGGUUAAACACUUAUACCAGAAGUACCAUGACGCAGACCAGGUUAAAUGAUCUGGCACUUCUAAAUUGUCAUAACACAGUAGCAGAAUCUUUAGACCUAAGCAAAAUAGGAAAUAUGUUCAUAAAUAAGUGCAUGACAAGAAGAAAUACUUUUAAAUUUAAAUAA